AUGCUCAGCUAUAAAUUAAAAAGUUUUGUAAAUCAUUCUUAUUUACCUACUAUGGAAUCACCAUAUCAUUUAAUUGCAGAAUCUUUGGAAACUUUAGGUGAAAAUUUUCUAGAAUAUGAAAAUAAAUUUAUCUAUCAUGGAUAUAUUGUUAAAGAAUUAUCAUAUUUAAAUAUGAAACAACUAAAAGAUAUUGGUAUAACAAAAUUAGGGCAUUGUAUAAGAAUUUUAGUAGCAUUAGGAUUAUGUAUCAUUUGA